AUGAUUGAGUGGACGGGUAGGGCGGCCAGCGGUGAGAUCGACAUCUCGGAGGUGAGGGGUGAGCAGCCGACCAUAUCUCAGAGUACUCUGCAUUACGGCGCCCAAUGGCCUCAGAACCAGUACUCCGGCAGCGGACCCGUCGACUUCGGCUUCGACUUCAGCCAAGACUAUCACGUGUUCGGCGCCGAGUGGACCAACGCGUCCAUCAAAUUCCUUGUCGACGACAAGGAGUUCCACACCGAGAAUAUUGACCGCAAUAUGUCAUCGGGUGCGCCCUAUACCAAGAAUGGACAGCCCUUUGAUCAGCCAUUCUUCUGGAUCCUUAAUGUUGCAGUGGGCGGACAGUUCUUCCCGUCCAACGAGUACGGGCCCGCCGUUACCCCCGAUGAGGCCCGACAGUGGCCUAAACCCACGAUGGAAAUCGAUUACGUCCGGAAAAUGUGA